CUCUCUCUCUCUCUCUCUCUCUCUCUCUCUCUCUCUCUCUUUCUCUCUCUCUCCCUCUCUCCUGUCCGCGAGUCCACACGUGCGCAGCGCAGUCGAGCGCUUGGCAGGAGACGGGGAUCGGCAGGAGGAGGAAGAAGAGGAGGAGGAGUGCAGGAGUGCGCGCGCUGUUGUCUUCGCGGCUGCUCGUGCGGAUCAGCUCUGCUUUCCAGGAACGGUCAGUCAGACGGGCGUCCUAGAGGCGCGGAGCGGCGCAUCGAGGGGGGCUGGAGAGAAGAGUGUGGGGCUCGCGCGUGUCAUCGGACCGUCUCUACGCGGAGGGACCGUGCGCGCGCGCGCCCGGGUGAUACUGCUGUGGGGAGGGGAAGAAGGGGCAGAAGGAGAUCUUGGUUGCCGGAUGCAACAGCUUUUACAUACGUUUCUUUUUUUUUUCGCCGUCGCGCGUGCAGCUCCAACAUCUGUACUACAUCUCCGCCGUCCUCGAGCUUGUUCUACAGUUUUCUGAGUAUUUUCUACAACUUGAAGAAACGCAUUAUUUUUUUUUUUCUGGUGCACGAGACAGCCGCUCUGAGCGGAUGCGCAUUUGGGUGCGCGGGCGCGUAACAAGCCUGAACAGCUCGCCCGCCGCCCAGCGCGCGGCAUGUGGAUGUGGAUCUGCGCGCGCCUAAGCGGGAUGAUAUCGCUCGCGGACAACACGCUCGCCUCUGCGCCGCGGGAGCGCGCGCUCUGAUGGUGUUGCGCUGGUGCUGCGCUUCGCCCUGCUGAGGGGGGGCACGGAGGCGCGAGGCAACGCGCGCGCUCUGCUCCGGCACAGAGACAGUUCCGUAGCCAUGACAACCGAGGAGGUGGAUCCCACCGCAGUGGGCAUGUCCUCCCCUGGAGCCAGUCCCGGUCUGGAGGUGGCACCCUCGCCUGGAUGGGAGGAGCCAAUUGAUGAAGAAAAAGGGCCUCUGGAGCCAGAAGAGAGGGCGGGGCAUGUGGAGGAGGUGGAUGAUGAUGUCAGCAGUGAGCUGAGUGGUCUGGUGGUCCCGUAUCCAGAGCUGGCACCGGUGGUCUUCUUCUGCCUGAAACAGACCACCUUCCCUCGCAGCUGGUGCAUCCGCCUCGUCUCCAGCCCAUAUCCUUUACUGUAACACUACUGUAGUGCAAUACUGUAACACACUAACUCAACAUGCUAGUGUAACACCCAUCCAACUCAUUCCUGUAACUCAACACACUAGUGUAAGAUUCAACAAGCCAAUUUCUGUAACUCAACUCACUAGUGUAACACCUAUCCAGCUAAUUUCUGUAACUCAAUACAUUAGUGUAAGAUUUAAUCAGUUAAUUUCUGUAACUCAACACACUAGUGUAAAACUCACCCAGCUCCUUUCUUUAGCUCAACACACCAGAGUAACACCCAUCCAAAUUAUACCUGUUACUCAACACACUAGUGUAACACCCAUCCAAAUUUCAAAUGUAACUCAACACACUGGCAUAACACCCAUCCAAUUAAUAUCUGUAACUCAACACACUGAUGUAACAUCCAUCCAGCUCACGUCUGUAAUUCUACACACUAGAGUAACAACCAAUCCAACUCAUGCCUGUAACUCAACACACUAGUGUAACACCCAUCCAACUCAUGCCUGUAACUCAACACACUAGUGUAACACAUAUCCAACUCAUACAUGUAACUCAACACACUAGUGUAACACCCAUCCAACUCAUACCUGUAACUCAACACACUAGUGUAACACCCAUCCAACUCAUACCUGUAACUCAACACACUAGUGUAACACCCAUCCAACUCAUACAUGUAACUCAACACACUAGUGUAACACCCACCCAGCCCAUAUCUGUAACUCAACACAAUAGUGUAAAACCCAACCAGCUCAUACAUGUAACUCAAUACAAUAGUGUAACACCCACCCAGCCCAUAUCUGUAACUCAACACACUAGUGUAACACCCAUCCAACUAAUUUCUGUAACUCAACACAAUAGCGCAACACCCAUCCAACUCAUAUCUGCAACUCAACACACUAGCGUAACACCCAUCCAACUUAUACGUGUAACUCAACACACUAGUGUAACACCCAUCCAACUUAUACGUGUAACUCAACACACUGAUGUAACAUCCAUCCAGCUCACGUCUGUAACUCUACACACUAGUGUAACACCCACCCUGCUCAUACUGUAUCUGUAAUUUAACACACUAGUGUAAGAUUCAAUCAGAUAAUUUCCGUAACACAACACAAUAGUGUAAAACCCAACCAGCUCAUAC